AUGGCUACUCUUAUUGCUCCUAGCAACCAUUCUCCACAAGAAGAUGCUGAAUCUCUAAGAAAGGCUUUUGAAGGUUGGGGUACUGAUGAGAGAACAGUGAUAACAAUUCUUGGUCAUAGAAACUCUCAUCAGAUUCAACAAAUCAGAAGAGCUUAUGAAGAAAUUUAUCAAGAGGAUCUUAUCAAACGUUUGGAAUCUGAACUCAAAGGAGACUUUGAGAAAGCUGUGUACCGUUGGAUCUUGGAACCUGCUGAUCGUGAUGCUGUUUUGGCCCAUGUUGCUCUCAAGAGUGGUAAGAACUACAAUGUGGUUGUUGAAAUUGCUGCCAUUCUCUCCCCGGAAGAGCUUUUUAACGUGAGACGCGCUUAUAUUAAGCGCUAUAAGCACUCUUUGGAAGAGGAUUUGGCUACUCAUACCUCUGGUCAUCUUCGUCAGCUUUUGGUAGGGUUGGUGACUGCAUUUAGGUAUGUUGGUGAUGAUGUGAAUGCAAGAUUGGCACAAAGUGAAGCUGAUAUUCUUCAUGAGGCUGUGAAAGAGAAGAAAGGAAGCCAGGAAGAAGCUGUUAGGAUCUUGACUACAAGGAGUAAGGCUCAGCUGAUUGCAACUUUCAACCGUUACAGAGAGACUCAUGGUACUUCCAUUACUAAGAAGCUGUUGGAUGAAGGAUCUGAUGAUUUUCAAAAGGCUUUGUAUACCACCAUUCGUUCUUUCAACGAUCAUGUUAAGUACUAUGAAAAGGUUGUGAGAGAUGCGGUGAAGAAGCUUGGAACUGACGAGGACGCACUCACCCGUGUGAUUGUGAGCAGGGCUCAACAUGAUCUGAAAGCCAUCUCAGAUGUUUAUCACAAGAGAAACAGUGUUCCUUUUGAGCAUGUUGUGGCUAAAGAAACCUCAGGAGAUUACAAGAAGCUCCUUCUCACUCUUUUGGGCCAAGAAGAUUGA